CUUUUCUUUUCUUUUCUUUUCUUUUCUUUUCCUCUCCAUCUCCUCUCCCUGCUAAAUUCUCUCUCCCUUCCUUCUCAUCUCAACCUCAUCCACACACUCAUCACAACAACCAGCAUCAGAAACAGCCAGUAUUUCAUCCAUCAUGCCGAACAAGAAAGGCAAGAAACCGCCGCGUUCGUGGUCCAUGUUCCCCGGGCUUCACGACCAAGUCGCCGACAAAUUCGAGGAACAUCAGCUCGACUACACCUUCUUCGAAAACGACGAGGAUCUCGGCACCAUUCGUACCCACGACACCAACAUCAUCGGGCGCUUCGUAUGCCACAACAACAAAUGCUCCUCUCGUGGCUGGAAGAGCUUGGUCGUUGCCAUCACCAUCCGCGAGUACUCGCACAACCGCUAUAAUGUCCGCGUGUACUACCAGCGAUGCAUCCAAUGCAACCAUCUGAGCAAGCCGAAGCUCAAAGAAGAGACCUACGUUGACCGAGUCACGUACCGAAUCAAGAAGUGGAAUGGGGUUGAGGUUGAGGAACCCGAGUAUUCCGACGACUCUAAGGCGCCUCAUAAGGAAGAUCUCUGCGAGGGAUGUAAGAAUGGGCACUGCAAGAAAGCAAAGAAGAACAACGAGGACGAUAUGUGUUUUGCUUGAGCUGGCUUUGACUUCAUGGUAGACAUUGGGCAUGGAUAUUAUGGCAUGCCUCAAUAUUGCCUGGAACUGAGAUAAAGUUUGUCAACUUCAAUCAAUCAGAC